CCAGGAACCGGAAGUAUGAUCGGUUCGUAGCGCCGAACCCCUAACAUACACGAAGAAAACAACACUAGUGCUUUCUGUCUCUUUAUCAAUGUUGUUUAGACGAACCGGCUGACAACAUUAUAUAUUCUUUCAUGGAUGAAAAGUGUUGAUCUCCUCUGAGGGCACUUAUUCGUGUGAAGGUGCAGUAUUCUGAGUGAAUUAGCAAGGCUAACUGAGCUCCACCAUCAUGACAGUGGCGGUGUUUUUCGGCUGUACGUUCAUCGCUUUCGGACCGGCCAUCUCUUUGUUCCUGUUUACAAUCGCCCGGGAUCCGCUGAAAGUGAUUUUCCUCAUAGCAGGGGCAUUUUUUUGGCUGGUGUCUUUGCUGCUGUCCUCUCUUGUGUGGUUCAUCACAGUUCAGAUCAGCAACAAGGACAGUGCCACCCAGCAGAGAGGACUGCUUAUAUUCGGAGUGGUGCUCUCUGUACUGCUCCAAGAGGCUUUCAGAUUUGGUUACUACAAAUUGCUGAAGAAAGCAAAUGAAGGCCUGUUGGCACUCAGUCAGGAGGACACCAUGCCCAUCUCCAUGCGGCAGCUGGCAUAUGUAUCUGGCCUGGGCUUUGGGUUUAUGAGUGGAGCUUUUUCUGUGGCGAAUAUACUCUCUGACUCUUUGGGUCCGGGGACGGUCGGCAUCCAUGGAGACUCUCAGCAUUACUUCAUAUCAUCGGCUUUUAUGACACUGGCCAUUAUCUUAUUGCAUAUGUUUUGGGGAGUUGUAUUCUUUGAGGCGUGUGAGCGACAGAGAUGGUGGGCUCUUGGAGCUGUGGUUAUCACUCAUCUACUAGUAUCAUGCUUGACGUUUGUGAACCCACACUAUCAAGGCAGUCUGAUCCCAACCUACAUCCUACUGUCCAUCAUGGCAACCUGGGCGUACUUAUGGGCCGGAGGCUCUUUUAGGAACCUAAAGCUCUGCCUCACCUGUAAGGAUAAAGACUUCCUGCUGGCCAACCACAGGCCUAGAUAACCCAUUAACCACAAACAGGACUUUCUCCAAAGACAGGCUCACUGAGCCAAUAGGCCAACAACAUUGUCAGUGGCCUUGAACACUAUUCACUGGGAAGCUUAUGGUUUGGGUAGUCUGCAUAAGAAUGUUUGCCGAUUAACAGGAAUCGUACGUUUGCAAAUCUGGCACUUUCUGUAAAUCCUAUUCCAUUUUCUGUUCUGUAUAUGAGCAAGACCGUGUGCGUUUUAUACUAAUGAAUCCUGUAAACGUCUAAAGCUGCUUUCAUGUCUGAUUCUCACUGUUAGAUGGUUUUGAGCAAGUUGGGUUAUUCUCCCAGUAAAUCUUUUUUCUGUUAUUUUAACUGAUCAGUAAAGCUAUCACUAUCCUCCCAUCAUUCCUGGAAGGCAUUAUUCACCAUUUUAUUGUUGGACAUGUAGCAUUGUGUUUUCUAUUUAAUCCACGUUUCUGUGAUCUUGACUUUUCUUUGAACAUUUGACUUUUUAAAGACCCAUCUCCAUGGGCGUCAGAACCAUUAUAUGUGGGUGGGACAAGACCCACACUUUUUAAGAUCAAUGAUAUUGGACCCACUCACUUUUUCUUUAAUUUAGUGCAUAUGUCUGUUGACUUGUCAGAGCUCCACCAGUCAAAUCCAUUCCACUUGUCUCAUUUAAAGUCCAUACUCCAUACUGUGUUUUCACUACUUGCGCUUGCUGCGCUCUUGCGACACAAUGUAAACAAACCUUUUAGGCUAUAAAAGCAGUUGUUUAAUUAAAAGACAUCUACUUCAGUAAAUGUUUUGGACCCACCCACAGUUUUUUUAGCUUUUUCUGACGCCCAUCUCAGAGGCCCUUGAGUGGUGGUCUUAUUUACUGUUUAUUUCCAACCUAGUGUUACACAAGUUUAAACAGCCCAGAUGAUAAAUGUAGUGGCCAUUCCUUAAAUGAAAACACUUUUAAUUACUGGAACCUGAGAAUUUUAUAUUGAUGUCAUUUUUGACGGUCAUGCGUAGUGACACUUGGCUGUGAAGUGUUUUUUUUUUUUUUGCAUUAAAGUAGCUUAAGAUCAAAUCCAUUAUACUGUAGUCUGCACAUUAUUUUGCUCGUGAAAUGUCUUAUUCGUACUGCAUGAAUUUUCUUUCUCUGUUGCUUAUAAAGCAGCCGGGGAAUUAUUACUUGUGUGUAUUAAAUAAUGAAUCAACCUCAAUCUCACCUAUUAAAGCUUUGUUGUAAAUGGUUCA